AUGUCGUCCAAAGACUUCAUCAUCAAGCACAUGAACGCCGACCACCAAGAGUCUCUCAUACUAUUCCUACAAGCCUACUGCGGUAUCACAUCCACCCAAGCCAAAAACGCCCACCUGGAAGAACUCAGCACCUCAAACCUGAUCAUCACCGCUCAUGGUACCCGCUACAGCGUCCCCAUUGAACCCGCGAUGAAGAAUUACUCGGAGGCACGCGGCCGAAUGGUCGCCAUGCACAAGGAAAGCCUGAAGCGUCUGGGCCGCAGCGAGAUUACACUCACAGAGUACCGUGCCCCGCGCGGUAUCCAGGCUGUCAUCUUUGUGCUGUGUGCGUUGUUCUACGUCACCUGCUUCCAGCGCAGCAACCUGCAGCCUGGCUCGGAUCUCUACGAGUACUUGGAGCUCCAGCGUGUACCCUGGUUUCCGCGUCUCGUCUGCAUUCUCCAGCCGUACGUCGUGGGUAUUCAUAUCAUCGAGACCGUCGCGCUGGUUGUGACUCAGUUGAAGCCCCUGAAUGUGCCUGUUCUGUCGGGAUUGUGGUGGAAGUGGGUUGCGUCGUGUUUCACCCCUCCAUCAAUCGCAAACAUGGGUAUUUCUCGGGAUUCUCGCCACAAGCGCAGCGCCACUGGUGCCAAGCGCGCUCACUACCGCAAGAAGAGAGCGUUCGAGAAGGGCCGCCAGCCCGCCAACACCCGUAUUGGCACCAAGCGCAUCCACCUUGUCCGCACCCGUGGUGGCAACCAGAAGUUCCGUGGUCUCCGUCUCGAGUCCGGUAACUUCUCGUGGGGCUCCGAGGGUAUCUCCCGCAAGACCCGUGUCAUUGGAGUGUCCUUCCACCCCUCCAACAACGAGCUGGUCCGCACAAACACCCUGACCAAGUCCGCCGUUGUCCAGAUUGACGCUGCCCCCUUCCGUCAGUGGUACGAGGCUCACUACGGUCAGCCCAUCGGCCGUAGACGCCAGCAGAAGACUGAGGCUACCGAGGAGAAGAAGUCCGCCUCCGUCGCCAAGAAGCAGGCUGCCCGCUUCGCUGACUCCGGUAAGACUGAGUCCGCUAUCGAGCGCCAGUUCGAGUCCGGUCGUCUGUUCGCCGUUGUUGCCUCGCGCCCCGGCCAGUCCGGCCGCUGUGACGGUUACAUUCUGGAGGGUGAGGAGCUUGCUUUCUACCAGAAGGCUAUCCGCAAGUAA